ACGUGGGACGGAUCUCUGAUCCUAGCGCAGCCACCGCGAUGAGAGGCGCUCGCGGCGCCUGGGAUUUUCUCUGCGUCCUGCUCCUCCUGUUCGGCCUCCAGACAGGCUCUUCUCCACCAUCUGUGAGUCCAGGGGAACUGUCUCCACCAUCCAUCCAUCCAGCAAAAUCAGAGUUAAUAGUCAGUGUUGGCGACGAGAUUAGGCUGCUAUGCACCGAUCCGGGAUUUGUCAAAUGGACUUUUGAGAUCCUGGGUCGGCUGAGUGAGAAAACACACAAUGAAUGGAUCACGGAGAAAGCAGAGGCCACCAGUACUGGCAAUUACACGUGCACCAACGAGGGCGGCUUGAGCAGUUCCAUUUAUGUGUUUGUUAGAGAUCCUGCAAAGCUUUUCCUUAUGGACCUUCCCUUGUAUGGGAAAGAGGGCAAUGAUACACUGGUCCGCUGUCCUCUGACUGACCCAGAAGUGACCAAUUACUCCCUCACGGGGUGCGAGGGGAAGCCUCUUCCCAAGGACUUGGCGUUUGUCGCUGACCCCAAGGCCGGCAUCACCAUCAGAAACGUGAAGCGCGAGUACCACCGGCUCUGCCUGCACUGCUCCGCCGACAGGAAGGGCAAGCCAGUGCUGUCGAAGAAAUUCACCCUCAAAGUGAGGGCAGCCAUCAGAGCCGUACCUGUGGUGUCUGUGUCCAAAGCAAGCUAUCUCCUUAGGGAAGGGGAAGAAUUUACAGUAACAUGCUCGAUAAAAGAUGUGUCUAGUUCUGUGGACUCAAUGUGGAUAAAGGAAAACAGCCAGCACACUAAAGCACAGGUACAGAGUAAUAGCUGGCAUCAGGGUGACUUCAAUUUUGUACGUCAGGAAAGGUUGACUAUUGGCUCAGCAAGAGUGAAUGAUUCUGGAGUGUUCAUGUGUUACGCCAAUAAUACUUUCGGAUCAGCAAAUGUCACAACAACCUUGGAAGUAGUAGAUAAAGGAUUCAUUAAUAUCAUCCCUAUGGCGAAUACUACAGUCUUUGUAAACGAUGGAGAAAAUGUAGACCUAACUGUUGAAUAUGAAGCAUACCCGAAACCUGAACACCAGCAGUGGAUAUACAUGAACAAAACCUUCACUGAUAAAUGGGAAAAUUAUCCCAAGUCUGAGAAUGAAAGUAAUAUCAGAUAUGUAAGCGAACUUCAUCUAACCAGAUUGAAAGGGACCGAAGGAGGCACUUACACGUUUCUAGUGUCCAAUUCCGAUGUCGAUUCUUCCGUGACAUUUAAUGUUUACGUGAACACAAAACCAGAAAUCUUGACUCACGAGAGCCUCGCGAACGGCAUGCUCCAGUGUGUGGCAGCAGGCUUCCCAGAGCCCACAGUAGAUUGGUACUUUUGUCCGGGAGCCGAGAAGCAAGGAUGUUCUGUUCCCAUUGGGCCGGUGAACGUGCAGAUGCAAAACUCCUCUGUGUCACCGUUUGGAAAGAUAGUGGUCCAGAGUUCCAUCGAUGACAGCGCAUUCAAGUUCAACGGCUCAGUCGAGUGCAGGGCUUACAAUGAUGUGGGCAAGAGUUCUGCCUUUUUUAACUUUGCAAUUAAAGAACAAAUCCAUGCCCACACCCUGUUCACGCCUUUGCUGAUUGGUUUUGUGAUUGCAGCCGGUAUAAUGUGCAUUAUUGUGAUGAUUCUUACCUACAAAUACUUACAGAAACCCAUGUAUGAAGUACAGUGGAAGGUUGUUGAGGAGAUAAACGGAAACAAUUAUGUUUACAUAGAUCCAACACAACUUCCCUACGAUCACAAAUGGGAGUUUCCCAGAAACAGGCUGAGUUUUGGGAAAACCUUGGGGGCUGGCGCUUUUGGGAAAGUUGUGGAGGCCACAGCUUAUGGUUUGAUUAAGUCGGAUGCAGCCAUGACAGUGGCUGUAAAGAUGCUCAAACCGAGUGCCCAUUUAACAGAACGAGAAGCCCUAAUGUCUGAACUCAAAGUCUUAAGUUACCUUGGUAACCAUAUGAAUAUUGUGAAUCUUCUCGGCGCGUGCACCAUCGGAGGGCCUACCCUGGUCAUUACAGAAUAUUGUUGCUAUGGUGAUCUUUUGAAUUUUUUGAGGAGAAAACGUGAUUCAUUUAUUUGCUCAAAGCAGGAAGAUCACGCAGAAGCAGCACUUUAUAAGAACCUCCUGCAUUCAAAGGAUUCUUUGGGUGACAGUGGUAAUGAAUACAUGGACAUGAAACCGGGAGUUUCGUAUGUUGUGCCAACCAAGGCAGACAAAAGGAGAUCAGCGAGAAUAGGCUCAUACAUAGAAAGAGAUGUGACACCCGCCGUCAUGGACGAUGAUGAGUUGGCCCUGGACCUGGAAGACCUGCUGAGCUUUUCUUACCAGGUGGCGAAGGGCAUGGCCUUCCUGGCCUCGAAGAACUGUAUUCACAGAGACUUGGCAGCCAGAAAUAUCCUCCUUACUCAUGGUCGAAUCACAAAGAUUUGUGAUUUUGGUCUCGCCAGAGACAUCAAGAAUGAUUCUAAUUAUGUGGUCAAAGGAAACGCUCGGCUACCUGUGAAGUGGAUGGCACCUGAAAGCAUUUUCAACUGUGUGUACACUUUUGAAAGUGAUGUCUGGUCCUAUGGGAUUUUUCUGUGGGAGCUGUUCUCUUUAGGGAGCAGUCCCUACCCUGGGAUGCCGGUCGAUUCCAAGUUCUACAAGAUGAUCAAGGAAGGUUUCCGAAUGCUGAGCCCCGAGCAUGCACCUGCUGAAAUGUAUGACAUAAUGAAGACGUGCUGGGAUGCUGAUCCCCUAAAGAGACCGACAUUCAAGCAGGUCGUUCAGCUGAUUGAGAAGCAGAUUUCGGACAGCAGCAAUCAUAUUUAUUCCAACUUAGCAAACUGGAGCCCCAACCAGGAGAACAUCGUGGUGGACCAUUCUGUGCGGAUCAAUUCCGUGGGCAGCAGCGCCUCGUCCACCCAGCCUCUGCUCGUCCACGAAGACGCCUGAAGCAGAGCGCAGGCCUCGGGUCUCCCCAACACCACGACCCCCGUCUUCUGGUUUCUAUGACUGUUUCGUUCGACUUGCAUCCUACUCCAGGAUCAUGGACACCCCACUGUACUCCUGUGUUUAUGAGCACAUUUUCAUAGCCGAUGGUUUUUGUCAUCAGCCCCAUUCCCUUGCCAGGCCAGGGCUCAAACUGCAUAUAUUCCCAAUAGCAGAGUAGCUUCCAGUAAUGAAAAAAAUUCUG